AUGUCCGCCGAACCUCGCACGGCCAUGGACAAAGACGGUGCCCGAUCCUACCUCUGCUCCCUCUUGAAUAAAAACUUGCGCAUCGUCACCUCCGACGGCCGUCUCUUCUGGGGCGCCUUCAAAUGCACCGAUCCAGAUAAGAACGUGAUACUAGCCAACACGUACGAGUACAGGCAGCCGUCAGCCUCUCAGGCCCAGCAGGCGCUGCAGGAGAGCCCUGAUGGCACCACGACGCUGGACAUGACGUCUCGGUAUCUGGGGCUGGUGGUGGUUCCUGGGCAUCACAUUGUCAAGAUGGAGCUGGAGGAGUAUGCGAGCCAGAUGACGGGGCAGGGGGUAGGCGGCUGUUGA